AAAUUGAAAACCUUAAAUAAAACAAAAGCCUCAGAGUAAAGUCAUUGUCUAAGCAUCUCCUUGUACUUUUCAUCCUAAGACCAUGUCUCUGACAACUAGUUCUCGUGUCUCCAUCUUCAUUCUUUUCCUUGCCUUUGUCUUUCCUCUCUCUUGGACAGUCGAAGAAUCUUCUCUUGAAAAGAUUCUCCGCAACCAUGGUCUUCCAGCUGGUCUCUUCCCUCGAAGUGUGAAAUCAUUCAAAUUUGAUCAUCAAAUGGGUCAUUUAGAGGUACAUUUAGACCGUCCUUGCCUAGCUCAAUAUGAAACCAGAGUGUUCUUUGACACUAUUGUGAAAGCUAACCUCAGUUUCAGACAACUUCAAGUUUUCGAGGGUAUGUCUCGUGAAGAGCUUUUCUUGUGGUUACCUGUUAAAGAUAUCUUUGUUGUGGAUCCAUCUUCUGGUGUAAUUCUCAUUGAUAUUGGUUUUGCUUUGAAGUUUCUCGCCUUCUCUCGUUUUGAUGAGCCACCAAUUUGUAGAUCUCAUCUUGGUCUUUCAUUUCGUAUGGGUGGAAGUAAAGGCACUGCAUUGGAAGAUCAAAGAUAAUAAGAUUAUUCAUGAUCUGUAUGAAAGGAUGGCUUCACCCUUUUUAAAUUUUGGGGGUUUUGUUGUUCAGAAAAAAAUUACAUUCAUAUACAAAAAUUUGCAACUCAUAUAAAUUAUAAAGUAUAAUAAUGCCAUCAAUAGUUGAAUGAUAAUCAA